GCGCAGGCGCGGGCCUUGCCGCACCGGCGGCGGUUGAGGCUUCCGGACACGGCGCGGACCAUGACCCAACAGGGCGCGGCGCUGCAGAACUACAACAACGAGUUGGUCAAGUGCAUCGAGGAGUUGUGUCAGAAGCGAGAGGAGCUGUGCCGCCAGAUCCAGCAGGAGGAGGACGAAAAGCAACGGCUGCAGAAUGAGAUGAGGCAGCUGACGGAGAAGUUGGCCCGCGUCAACGAGAACCUGGCGCGCAAGAUAGCCUCUCGCAACGAGUUUGACCGGACCAUCGCCGAGACAGAGGCCGCCUACCUCAAGAUCCUGGAGAGCUCUCAGACUCUGCUUAGCGUCCUCAAAAGGGAAGCUGGGAACCUGACAAAAGCCACAGCCUCAGACCAGAAGAGCAGUGGAGGCAAGGAGAGCUGACAAGUGGCUGUCCCAGCCGUGCCUUAAAUGGCUGCUCAGUCCCCAACACGUCUGCCCUAAAGCGUCUUUCUUCUUCGUGACCUCAG